AUGACAGAACUCUCGGUGGGUGAAGAAGCUUCACCAUACUACGGAAUCCAGCCAUAUCCAUUCAUUGACGGCGUUACACACCAUAGCCUCGGUUUGUGCUACCACAUUGCAACGCUAAAUGAAGCAUGUGAACGAUCACGACGCGAGAUUUGCGUUGAGAAAAAAAAAGUGCGGUUACAGUCAUCCUGCACUAACCACGAAACCGAUCACACUAUUCCAGAAACUGUGAUAAGUCUGAGCAAUUCUUCUGGUUUGGACGACGGAGAUGAAUUCUUCGAUGACAAAAAUAUGUUGGAUAUAACUGAUUCUUCUGAAGCUGUUCCUGCGAUCCGUAAACAUCCAGCCAGAAUCGCGUCUAUCUCACCGCUCACCUCAACAACAUCAUGGGAAUCAUCAACGGAUGAAGAAUACUCAAACGAAUCGUCCAGCAUGUUCAACCUUUCCAAUGAACUGCAAGAAAUGGGAAACUACGUAGAAGAAGAAGCAGAAGAAUGGAAGAAAAAACAAGAAACUGCCGAAAAAGUGACCGCUGGCCCGAAAUUCUUAGACUUGGACGAGAUGAAAUCGUUUGUGGACAUAACGCAAACUGCGCCUCGGAGCUACGGACCAUCUACCACUUCUGAAGAGAUAAGCACAAGCCGUGAAGAAGUCACAACCCAAAUCACAAGACAUACGCCCUCGAUUUUUCCGUCUCCUUUUUCCACCACACCUAAUGAAACUGAAUAUUUCGACGAAGCUACCCCCCAGGAAACAGAUCCCACCCAGACAUCGUCCAUUCUUCUGUCACCCACUUCCACUACUCUUCACGGAACUAGCGCAGAACGAGCGCAUACCCACACCGUAAUCUACAGUAACGUAACUGAAACUCCAGAUCCUCAUGCUACAGUCGCGAUCCCCUCUGAGAAAGAUUUGGAUUCGACAAUUCUAUCAAAUACUACCGAAAUAAAUCCAUCGUUUAGUAUCGAAAACACGACUGAUACACCGCUAAAAAUUCGGUAUUUCGUGAGGAUUACAAGGGCUCCAUUGGUGAAUUCGAAGAGAAGAAUCCUAUUGGCAAACUCUCAAUUCAUAGAGACGACACCGCCUGGAACUUCGUCCAGUUUGGAGCACUCGACCUCUCCAAGUGGUGAGGAAGACACUACCGUGCCAGAACCCAUCUACUCGCUAGAAGAUUAUGCUGGUCAAGCAGAGGUUAACUCAGAAGAGCAGGAACACACGUUGAAUAUACCUACUAUGAAGGUUUUCAAGCCAGUUACUUUAUCUUCUGAUUUUACCUCAUCAACAACCUCGAAUACUAUGGCAAAUGUAGAAACAGUAACAACUACCACUUCUAUGGCGGACAAUUUGACAACAUCGACGAAUCCGCCACCAAAUGCUUCAGCCGGUAACGAACUGUUCUCCAUAACGGAGCCAAAAAUCACGAUCAAAAGGUCAAAUGGAUCACAUGCAGCUUCAAUUGCUGAAACUUCUUCACCAUUAAAAUUUGAUGUGACACAAAGUAAUCCUCAAAUACUUUUCCAUGAUUCCCUAGAUGAUUUUGGGGAUGUCAUUACUCAAUCGCAGACAUCGGAACUUACCGAUACAAAAUAUCCAUUUCAAGAACAUACAACGACGGAGUCAGUAACAACGAUCACAAGCGACAGAAUCUUCCCAGAAUUCCUAAAUGACAACAUUACGUCAGAGGAUCUCUUCUCACAACAAAAGCCUGAGUCACAAGAGUUGAGUCACUCGUUGGAGGUGAACAGUGUGCAAGAAUCAACGGUAGAACAGCAGUUCACACCGCUAACUUCACGGUCAAAUAAAAUCUCUAGGGGAACUUUAGAGACGCAAACAGUUCAAGGUGUGGUGGUGUCCAGAGUAUCUUCAAAGCAUGCUGAACGUCCUGAAGAAAUUCAUGUAUCAAGUAGAAGGAACGUAGGAAAAUCGGCACGACAGCAACAAUCGUCGAUUGAACUUCUGAUACCCAUUAUUCCCUCAGUUCUACCCAUACGACUUAAAGAGCUGCCGGAAAAUCCGCAGUUAAUCCAAGAAGAUGUAGAAUUCAACAUAUCGUCGGAGUUACCAGAUCAAUAUUUGGAACGAACAACAACAAAGACAAGAUCAAGCGCGCGACCGCAACAUAUGCUUUUUACGUCUCACUCGGUGCACAGAGCCUUACCUUCCGUUGCUUCCAUAUUAACAAAAAAUCUAGAAUCACCACAUUCGAGUUUGGAAAUGAAAGACGUUUCGGAGAGAACUCCACAGCUGUUGUCUAAAAAAAUUACCUUUGAUGCACAAAAGCUAGCGAAACCUGCAGCUGAACUACCAGUUCAGGAAGCGCCUGGAGCUAACCAGUUUAUGGAAGAAAUGGAAAUUCCUAAACAAACUGCUCCACCAGAAGAACAAAUUGACAGUACUUCGUUGACAGGCGAAAAUAUCACUCUCGACGAUGAUUCAUCAACGAUGAUUUCUGCAGAAUCAGAAGUGUUCGAACACAGCGAGCAGACACCUGCUUUCUCGACGACUUCACUUCCACUUGAGCAGCUUCAUGAUCUGAAUAAAGUGGAGUCUUUAAAACCUGUCCAACCGAUGGUUCCUACUAAGAAGCAGAAAAUAAAACCAGCAUCCGCUCCUGCUCGCGGCAAGCCUGAAUUGGGAUUCUGGUGGACGUCAAAACCAACUUUUGUGGAGAAAUCUACGAUGCCUUCAUCGACGAAACCACCUAGGGGAUGGAAAGUGCAACGUUUCAGGAGCAAUAGAAAGAUAAUAAAACAGCCCAGUUCAAAUGUGCACGCGAGUCCAGUGAUCAGGGAGAAGGGUGUACUUCGGCUACCGAUCGCUCCUCUAGCUACAGCCGCUGCUAUCGGCCAACUCACUUACACCACCGCUGUACCAUCGCAGUUCAAGCACACCUCACGUAGACCAUUCCAUCUCAAAGAAUCGAAUACCAAAAGGACGACAUUACUGCUGGUUCCCGAAACUCACCUGGAAAAACUUCAAAGCGAACUAGAAAUUCUCAGCAGUUUGGUUCCUUCCGCAGUGGAAACGAUGCGAUUACGUACACCGAUCGACCGCCCGCAGUUCGGAAAUCCGAAGCGAAUACUUCACAGAAGGAGUACACACAAAAUCCUCAGCCUUCCAAUGGGGAAGAAUAAUAGGAUUGCGACCAAGAUGAAGAGAUUGGCGACUCGUAGAUGGACCUCUCACAAGAUAGCCGCCCCUGCAAAGGCAAGUUCUUCGAUGGAGGAUCGAAAUCUAAAGAAGGUAGUUGGAGAAACUGUCAAAGUGAACGGUCAACAGAAAUUAGACGAGGAUGUUGAUAUGAUGAUAUCUCCCCCGAAGAAGAAACGUCAACCUAAAGAAGGACCGUCAAUAGUUCCCUUCGCACCUCAUAGUGCAACAACAAGAGCAUUAGAUCUGGUGCUGAAACCUGACACGAUGGCCACAGUCAGCACGAACGAACCAGCAGCACGGAUCAAGGAGAAGGUAAUGAGAAGUGACAUGGACGAAUUGGAGCAGGCUCUUCGAGAAAUUGCUGAGCAGACGGAUAAGACACAAUCCGUGUCGUUCUUCGGAGAUUAUCGGGAAAAUGUGCCCUCAGUUGACGGCGAAACUGCACUGAUAAAACCUCAGAAACGUCCCAAGGUGACCCAGAAACGAACGCGUAUGGUGACAACACGUGGAAAAGGCGCAAAAAGAAAUAUCAACAGCACUCUUCAAAUCAUUCCCCCGCCGCCACCGCUGGACUCCGAUCUCCUACGAAUUUCGCCGAUGCAGCCGUCAGCGAUGAAAAAACUUAUCGACGCGAUCAAACAUGACAACGCCAGGCUACCUGCAUCUAAACAACUGUGUGUCACAUUUGAGUGUGAUUUCGAAAAAGCCGAUCUUUGCGGUUUCGAGUCCUCAUUAAUAGCACGAAAGAGGAGAAGAACGAAAAGAGCGCAGCAAGAUGCUUAUUUUACUAUGAAACGGUGGAAUAGCUGGCUCGGAAAGCACUACGAUACCAACCGACGGGUUGAUCGAGCUCCUGUGUUCUCGUCAACUAAUCAACGGUUCGCCGGCACACUUCUUAAUGGUCAAGAAAUGGCGGAAAUGUCUUUGAAGGUAAUAACAAUGGAACCGCUCACGGUAGGGUUUAAUUACUGGGAAGCCACACCGAACAUGCAAAUGCGUGCAUGCUGCGAUGACAACUGCCCUGUGACAACAAAUUUUGGUGUUCACAUGGGUGAUCGAUCGUGGCGACAACUUUUCUUGCAGUGUCCUGCGAACACUCAUACGAUCACCUUCGAGUGCAUGAACUUCGGGAAUCGACGCGGAGCUUGCGGUAUUGAUAACUUCAGUAUCCAGAGUCAAAGCUGUAGGCAAAGAGCCAUGUAA